AUUGGAAGUUAAAGCAGAUGUUAGGAAACAGUAUAGGUGACAUGGUCAAAUGUUGGGAAGCCAUGAAUAACAACUUGAGGUUACAACUAGGAAACAUUAGAGCUUCAUUUCAAAAGAGUUUUUACGAAGUUGCGCACGCGCACGUAAGUCCCUUUUAUGGUUAUUUGCGUGGUUCCGUAUCUCGAGCUGCUUUGAGACGUAUUGCUGAAGAGUUAUUGAGAGUUGAUUAUGUUGGAACUAACAGGCAAAUAUGUGGUUGUACUCUUAGAACAUCUUAUGGGUUACCUUGUGCUUGUGAGUUAGGAAGAUACAGAGUAGGUGGUAUACCGAUACCCAUUGAUGCUGUUCAUGUUCAUUGGAGGAAACUAACUAUGGAAGUUGAGUUAGAGAUAGGUGAAGAUGAUGGAUCAGAGGUGGAUAUGACGGUUGCAAUGGAUGAGUUGUGGAGACGAUUUAGGUCAUUAGAUAUUAUUGGGAAAAGGGCAUUAAGGAGUAGGGUAUGUGAACUAGCAUACCCAACAAUGACAACAUUGUGUCCACCACCUGAGAAAAUAAAAACCAAAGGAGGAGUGAAGAAGAAAGGGAAAAAACCAACAGAUUAUGAUGUUUAUAGGGACCCUUCGUAUCAUGAGUAUGUUGAUAAGGCAUCUCAAUCUUCACAAAGGCAAUCUCAACCAUCACAGACUUCGAAGAAGAUCAAAUUAUCAAAGAAGCAACCACAAUUCAUUGUUCAAUUUCCUAAUCAUAUUAGGUCAUACAUUGAAGAUGUAGUUAAUGUUGAAUCAGAUGGUAAUUGUGGAUUUAGAGUCAUUGCAUCAUUGCAUGGAUAUGGUGAGGAUGGUUGGCCAAUGGUUCGCAGAGAGUUGGGGUUGGAAAUAAUAGACAAGGAUAGGUCAACUUUGUAUGACAAGUUAUUUUCUAAUCGGUUGGCAGCUGUGAGAGAAUCUUUGAUGAUAGAAUCGUUUGAUUCACAGCCACCUGAAAAAUGGAUGAGUCUACCAGAUAUGGGUUACUUGAUAGCGAAUCGUUAUAAUGUUGUACUUGUCUAUUUAGGCAAUCCGUGCAUCACUUUCUUUCCGAUGACAAGUUCACAUUCACCAAAUGUCUCUAUUUAUUGCAUUGGUUUUGUUAACCAGAAUCAUUGGGUUCAGGUUAACAUGAAAGAGGGGUUUCCAUUGCCACCGGUCACAUUAGAUUGGAAGAAAUUUCGUUCUCAUAUAGCAACUACUUGGAUGCUAGGAUUUGCGGGACGUAUGCAACAUUGGCAAUUACUUACACCUAAUUAA